UUUCUACCCCCCCUCCCUUUUUUUGCAGGCUUCGGGUGGGCCUUGGUCUUCACGCCCUCCGUGGCUUCGGUGGCCCGUUACUUCAAGAAGCGCCGGACGUUCGCCACGGGUUUGGCCUUCACGGGCGUGGGCCUGUCCUCCUUCGCCUUCUCCCCGCUCUUUCAAUUCCUGGUGGACACCUACGCCUGGCGGGGGGCCCUCCUGGUGGUGGCCGGCAUGUCCUUCAACCUGUUGGUAUGCGGAGCCCUCAUCCGCCCCCUGACCCUCAAGGAGGACCUGGCCGGCCCCGGGGACCCCAGCGGGAGCUGCCUGGGGAAGCUUUCCACCCUCUUUGGCCUGCCUUUGCUGUCCCACUGGCCCUUCAUGAGAUUUGUCCUGGCCGUGACCUUGAUCAACACUGGCUACUUCAUUCCCUAUGUCCACUUGGUGGCCCGAGCCCGGGAGCUGGGCUUCGACGAGUACCAGGCCGCCUUCCUCAUGUCCGUGGCGGCUGUGGCUGACCUGUCUGGCCGCCUCCUCUCGGGUUGGCUGGCCGACUGCCGGGCUUUCCACCUCGGCCACAUCUUGGUGGCCUGGACUUCUCUGACUGGCAUCUCCUUGGCGCUGGUGCCUCUGGGACGCAGCUACCCGUUGCUGAUGGCCAUCGGUGUCUGCUACGGGUUCUUCUCCGGGGCGCUCACCCCCGUGGUCUUUUCCAUCCUGCCGGAAAUUGUGGGCAUUGGGCGGAUUUUCGGCUCGAUGGGGCUGCUGCAAAUGAUGGAGAGCAUCGGCGGGCUUCUGGGAGCACCGUUCUCUGGUUGGCUGCGGGACAUGACUGGGAACUACACGGCCUCUUUCUUGGCAGCUGGGGCUUUCCUCUUGGCCGGAAGCCUGGUUCUGGUCACUCUACCCAACUUCUUUUCCUGUCUGAGGUCCUCCUCUCCUGCCUGCACCCAGUUGGAGGCUGGGACAGAGCCGGCUCCAUUGACACUGGCCUCUGGGAAACAUUCCUCCCAGGACAGAGACUGUCCGGCCAGAAGCCAAGAUCUCGGGAAGCCGACGUGACUACAAGGGGGUGCUGGCGGUGCCAGCCAGUGGCUGGGUGAAGGGGAGGGGGACCAAGGAGGGACAGCUCCAUCCCACUCCCCGCAGCUCUGUUGGGGUCCCUCAAUCCAUUAUUACAGCCUGGAGCUUCUCUUCCUCUCUUGGGGGUCCAAUUCCCUGUUUGUGUCCUCUGAUCCCUGGAGCGAACUCCUUCAGUAGGACCAUAACCAGGUUCGGGAAGGGUUAAUGCAGUAAAUACGAGCCUGGGGAGGGGUCCUAGGGUUUUUCUCUCUUCCCUGCCAUCACUCGCUUCAACAGCUCAACCUAGAAGGAUGUUCCUUCACAGAAAUAAGCCACUUCACUACCACCCUUGCCCUCCUGGAUUCUCCUCCGGUGCCUCCCACAGGCUGGAACCCUAGGCCCAUAAUGUGGGGAAGACCCUGAGGAAGGAGCAGGGGGGACCCCAGUGAGGAACAGAAAUUGGAUCAGAGCCUGGGUCUAACGCAAAGAAUGUUUUAUAAAGGGGGAGGGGGAUCGGGCUGCUCCGUUCAUUUGGGGAAAUAUGGCACUGACCCAGCGAGGGCAGGUGUGUCCAAACAGGGAAGUAAAAGGCCCCAUCCUGUAAUCUCGUGGUCAGCAGGCCCCUGCCUCAGUUUCCCCACUUGCUGCUGGGAAUGGCUGGCCUGAAAUGGACACCCAGCUUUGCACCCCACUCUGGGGCAUGAGGGAUGUCCCAGAGUCCAGAAAUGCAGUUACGGAUGUAAAAACGCUUCCCCCCCCGGAUUUAUGGAUUUUGUGCUGCUAGAUGUGUAAUUAGAUGGGUGUGGCUGGGGAAGGGAAGGUGGGGGGGUCUCAGUGGGCAUCGUUUACCCUCCAAAAGGUAGGAUUUGGUGAUUUAAAAUGGGGGAUGGGGUUAUUUAUAGAAAUGACGGUUUUGAGGGGGCACAAAAGUGGCGGUUUCAAGUGCCACCUUUUCUGGAACAGAGCUGGGUUCGGGGAGGGGAUUAAGACCAGACAAUUCCUCUGG